AUGAGUCCAUUGGAGUUGUUCAGACCGAAUGAGUUCAGUGAGUGGGAUGAUGAUGGCUUGCCAACGAAGGAUUCGUCAGGCAAUGAUAUUACUAAGAGUUGUAGCAAGAAGCUGAGAGGAUUUGGACCUCCAGAAAAAGCUCCACGAGAUGUGGCUCGCAAGCAACCCAGAAUAGUAGGGUAGCCCUGUAGCUUUGUACGGCAUCCUGAAAGAUGAAAUAUAUUUAGCGCUGAUAGAAAUGCGGAGGCGCAAGGAAAUAAUUUGCCACAUGAAUUGAAAUGAC